AUGACAAUCUCCGACAUCUCGCGCUAUCCCGACCCCGUGUCAACGGUGCGGCGCAAGCUCCGCACCGACGGCGACCGUGUGCAGGGCAAGUGGGAUCUGGGGGACAUGCAAAUCGAAGGCAACGAGGGUGGGAUUAUCCCGACGGACCACCUCGGCUGGCUGCCGUCCCUGCCCGCCGACGCACCUAUUGAAGACAUCCGCGCGGCCUACGAGCGCGACGGCGUAGUACACCUUCGUGGCCUACUUCCCAUUGAGCAAGUCAUGGCGGUACGGCGGCAGUUCUUCGAGAGCGUACAGCACACCGGCGUGUUGAAGGAGGGGACCGAGCCUGUCGAGGGCAUCUACUCUGGUCUUGGCGCACAGGAUCCCUCGAUCGCUCGCGAACACCGCCUCGAAUCCGAUGACCUCCUCCUCAACCAUCGCACACAGGCCAACCACGAGAAAUACCUGUGCGAUUUCGCCGACCACCCUCUUAUCAUGGAGAUGGCAACCCGGAUCAAAAGCGGGUGGAAGAAGCCUUUCCGUUUCCGGAUGCAGCUACUCCGUACCAAUAUCCCACACGCGUACCGUUGCGCCACGCGAGUACAUUAUGACCAAAUGUAUCUCCGCGGGAUGGAGCCUGAUGCCCUCACGGCGUGGGUGCCGAUUGGCGAUAUCACCCCACUCGGAGGCGGCCUCAUGUACCUAGAGGACAGCGUUACGAUUGGCGAGGAGAUUGAGAACGGCUUCAUCGAGUGGAACAAGGACCUGCCCGACGACGAGCAAAUUGAUGCUUUCAACAUCAACAUGCUCGAGGGAGGCGGACUUACGCGUGACUGCCGCGCGUUUGCGGAACAGACUCGCCGCCGCUGGCUCAUUGCCAAUUACCAGGCUGGCGACGUUGUCUUCCACCACUGCACCAUGGUACAUUGCAGUGCGAACAACGAGGACCCAGACGAGCGGAUCCGCUUCGCGACCGACGUGCGCUUUGCGGACAAGGAGGCGGCGUUCGAGGCCCGGUGGUGGUGA